AUGGCUAUCUUGUUUGAUCGUAUAUCUGAAUAUGGGCCAUUGGCCGAUAAGCUCGAUUUUCUCAUUCACCCACGAAUUGUUCGCUGCUGGGAAAAUCCCAACAUCUAUGCUCAGCACAUUCGCCAGAUGAUGGCUCUAGUCAAUCGAGUCAACCGAUCCUUCAUUGUCCUUACAAAUGUCAAUGUUCGACUUGAAAUUGACUAUGCUAACUUUCAGCAAAUGGAAUUGGCAGCUUGUUUUAUCGCAUUGAAGGUGUACUGGAAGUUGAGCUAUUAUGUCGACGGCAUAUCGUAUCUCAACGAAAUCGAAGCACACAGUCACCUCAUGAGACGUCUUUGUGGUGUUAAUGAUAGAGAUUUCAAGGUAUAG